UUGGAUCGAUGUGGUGAGGUUGAAUGAGUGAAUUUCAUUGUUGAUUUUGUCUAUUUUUGGUAGGAUUUGUAGAUUUUCUUCUUUUUUUUUAAAAAUUUUUUUUGGGAACUGGAACGAUUUCUGGGGAAUCAAGUUGGUGAUUUCGUUUAGGGUUUGAAGAUUAACCUUUGAGUGAAGCUUUGAUAAAUUGUUUCAAGUUCAAUUUGAGUUCAAUGGAUUCUUCUGUAAUAACACCAGAAGAUGUGCUUGAAUCUCUUAUGAAUGAUGGAACUAUUGAUGCUAUUCGACUGAAGAUAAUCAAUCAGCUCAAGGCCAAUGAAGAGCUGAAGAACAGCACUAUUUCAAUGGUAGAGCAAAGCAAAGUUCUCAAUACUCCUGGUGCAGAGAAACAGACCAAGCGGGAAUUGUUUGAUGCACUUCGACGAGAACUUGAAGCUCCAGCACUCGAGAAGGCCUCGAAAGCUGUAUGGGAGCUGAUUCUCGACACCAAUGGAUUAGGUAAAGAGAUAAACGAAACGGUCGAGAGAGUCUUCUGCAGGCUCAGCGGGACUGAGCCUCCUUUGCUACCGAAACCUCCAGCUCCCGAAGUACAAGCUCAACCAGAGAAUGAGAAAGAAGCGAAAGAGAAAGAGGGUGAAAAGGUUAAGGAUGUGGAGAUGUCAGAGUCUUCAUCCUCCAAGAAGAGGACCUUCAGUGAGAUGAAUAACCAAACCCCCGGACCGGAAGUGGCUACCGCAAACAGUUGCAAUGACCAACCACCGGAGGAUGACACGGUGGCUCCUUCAUCGUCUAACCUGAAUACUUAAUGCAUAUAUGCACAUAUUGAUGUUUCCUUUGAUAACAUGGUUCCUCAUCAACAAUUAGUGUAAGAUGUUUAUGAUGACUGGGAAAUUGUAGACUGUUUUUUGUUAUAACUUUCGUGUUCGGAAGUGGUAGAAGGAUAUGUUCAGGGAUAGACACAAAAACUCAAAUACAGAUGGUGGGUCUUUGACCUGUAUAGUUCUUUUAUCAA